AUGAUGUUAGUCGAAAUGCCCCGUCUCGAAAAUGUGUUCCAAGUCUCCCAGUUGAAAAUGAUCGUGAGCGUUGGAACCAAUUAUGUCAAGGUUGCGCUCAAGGCUGUCUCACAAGUGAUCCAGGCGCUGUUCAUUUUCUACGUGUACAUCAUCUUCCGCGAUGCGGUGAAUAUGAUCGAAAAUUACCGUACAGAUGUGGACUUCAACAAUAACUUCGUAACAAGAAUUACUUGGUCAGCAAGCAAUCCGCUACAUUUCCAAAGAAGAAAUGAGCAACUGGAAGCUGAUGAAUGUCGCAAGGUAGCCUCAUUACUUCUUGGUGCUCAAAUUCCAUUGAAAUGGAAAGGAAAUACUGGAUUCUUGAGCCUGCCAAACAGAGCCGAAUUGGACAGAGCAAAAGUGGCCCUCAUGAGCUGGUUUGUCACCACGUUUGCCGCUGCGCUGCUGAUCCUCCUCGACUACUACCUCUACUCUUUUCUUGAUGCGGUGAUCUUCUCUUUCGUUGUCAGGCGAGUUAUCAUCAACUACUUCAUGCCGUUUAUGUUUCCACUCAGGGAUCGUGUACGGAUCAUUCAUCUCUACAACAAGGUUCUUUUUCUGAGAAUGAAACAUCGUGUUGAAGCGAGAGCUCGUAUUCGAUUCAUCGUUGAGAGAUGGAGGAUAAACGAAGAACACGACGAAGGUGGAUGGCUCUCGUACCAAUCGUGGUUCAAGCGUAACAUUCUCGAUAGACUCUUUCGUACCGGUCAAUGCCUUAUGUGCCAGAUGGCUACUUCUCAGGAAAAUUCAUCUUUAUUCCAGCAAAUUAUGAAACCUGCUUAUCUGUACUUUUGCGUGGAAUGCCCUGCCACGUAUUGUAGAUAUUGUCUGGCCGAAACUGGGUGGGAGUGUUACGCUUGUCAGGCCGAAGAGGGUCUUGUGAACACAGAAAAAAGCAUGGUUACCUACGCGGAUAAGUCAUCUGAUAAGUUUGUUCCCGGUGGGAAGCGGAGAAACAACCUCAUGGAAAAAGGAAUACUGAUCGCAAGGUAA